AUGGCGGAGUUUGUCGAGCUUUUGGGCAACAAACCCAAGCCAGUUGCUGAUGAAGAUGCUGCUGAGGACGAAGACAUUGGAGAUUUGGAUGAUCUGCUCGCUGAAACCAAUGAAUCCAUGCUAGAAACUGAUAAGACUGAUAAGCCUCAAGAUGAGCAAAGUAAUCUUGUCACAGCGCCGAAUGAAGAUGAAGAUUUGAUCAAAGAAGCGGAUGCUGGACCAAAAGUGCGAACGUUUGACCUGCUGAGGCAGGAAAAUUGUAUUCAUGAGGUGAGGAUUUUAAGAUUUCUGCAUUUCUUGGUUUAGGUGCCAUGGAUAAUAUAAUGUUGUUCUUAAAUGUGAAAGAAUACUGCUGAUGUGUUUGAAAUGACAAAACGCGGUUUUAGACGUAUUUUACAAGUCACUCUGUUUCUAUGAUCUUGUUUUACAUGUAUUUCAUUGUCUUAUCCAUCAGAAGCUAAAAUAUUUUUUAGGUGGCCGUUCCUUCGUAUAUGCAGUAUGUUCCCUUGGAAACACGUCAAACUAGGCCGGCCAAGACUUAUAUUUUCCAAUUGGACUCUUUCCAAUCCGAAGCCAUCAAUUGUGUUGAUAAUUAUCAAUCAGUGUUGGUCUCGGCACACACAUCUGCCGGUAAAACCGCAAUUGCUCUGUAAGUAGUUGGUUUUUUAUUGUUGAAUAGAAAAUUUAUUAUGUUUGGAAGAUUUUAGAGCUGUUUAUGCUCUGUUAGGUUCAUUUUUUUGUUGUAAAAAUUUCAUUUUUCCUGUGUGGUGUCUAAAGCAAUAUAAUUUUAAGAAUUUAUCUUAAAAUUUUGCUUUUUCAGAUAUGCAGUUGCCUUGGCUCUCCGUGAAAACCAGCGAGUCAUCUACACAUCGCCAAUCAAAGCCUUGUCCAAUCAAAAGUACCGAGAAUUACUUGAAGAAUUUGGCGAUGUUGGUCUAAUGACAGGCGAUGUCACGCUUAAUCCCGAAGCUUCUUGUCUUGUGAUGACAACCGAGAUCUUACGAUCAAUGUUGUAUCGAGGUUCAGAGAUCAUGCGAGAGGUUGGAUGGGUUAUUUUCGAUGAGAUCCAUUACAUGAGAGAUGAAGAGAGGGGAGUUGUAUGGGAAGAGACGAUCAUCUUGCUGCCGGACAAUGUGCAUUAUGUCUUUUUGAGUGCCACUAUUCCAAACGCGAAGCAGUUUGCAGGUAAGAAAGAUUUUUUGCGGAUUUUUUAUAUUGUAGUAGGUGACUAAGGAUAAGAUCCAAAAAAUCUUAAAUUUUGGCUGUUAUUUGAUACGAAUGAGAUUGUAAGUGGUUUCAUAUGAAUUUUUCUGUUUUUAGAGUGGAUCGCCGUUCUUCACAAACAGUCCUGUCAUGUGGUAUACACCGAUUAUCGACCUACCCCUCUACAACAUGUUUUCUACUCCAGUGGCGCCAACGGUCUCUACGAAGUGGUCUCAGCGCGCGGAGAGUUCAGAGAAGACCAAUUUCAACAAGCUAUGAGCUAUGUCAGCGAAAAGGCCCCAGACGAAAGACAGAAUCGAAAGUUGGCCCUACAACAGACAGCCAACUCGGUGGUCACAAUUUUAAGAACGAUACGAGAAAGGGAACUCAUGCCGGUGAUUGUAUUCUCGUUCAGCAGAAGAGAGUGCGAGGCGUAUGCGACGAGUUUGAAGGAUAUGGAUUUUAAUGACCAUGAUCAGAAGGAUUUGAUCCGCAAAAUUUUUUUCAAUGCUGUGUCGAUUUUGGGUAAGGAGGUUUGAAGGAGAAUUUUGGAGGCUAUAGAGGAUUUUAGAGGUAGUAUAGGGGAUUUUUAUGUUGUGAGAAGGGUAUUUUAAGGUUUUUUUGUUAUUACAGUGCCUGAUCCAGUGGCAAAAAACGUACCAUUUUGUGUCCGGGAAGCAUCAAAAAAUGUGGCAAAAUACCUCCCUCUCCAAGUAAAAGACUCCGUUUUCAAAAGCGCAUCCUUCAAAACGGAGUUUUUUAGUUGGAGAGGGAGGUAUUUUGCCACAUUUUUGAUACCUCCGGGAUGUAAAAUGGUAUGUUUUUUCCACUGAAUCAGGCACUGUAAUAACAAAAACGCUCAAAAAUACCCUUCUAACAACAUAAAAAUUCCUUAUACCGCCUCUAAAUUCCUCUAUGGCUUCAAAAAUUCUCCUUCAGACCUCAUCCUUAUUUGACCUCUUUUUUAGGCCCGGAGGAUCAAAAACUCCCCCAGAUCAAAUGGAUCCUCCCGUAUUUGGUCCGAGGAAUCGGGAUCCAUCAUUCUGGACUGCUCCCUCUCCUCAAGGAAUGCAUCGAAAUUCUGUUUGGCGAGGGGUUGCUGAGAAUUUUAUUCGCCACCGAAACCUUUGCUAUGGGAUUGAAUAUGCCCGCGAGAACAGUGCUAUUCACAUCGGCGAGAAAAUUCGAUGGAAAAGAUACGAGGUGAGAAAAAAAUUUUUGAUUGUAAAAUACGACAUCUUUUUCUUGAUAAUAUUUUUUGAUCUAAAAUAAUGUUUUUAGAUGGAUAAACUCGGGAGAAUACAUUCAAAUGUCGGGUCGUGCCGGAAGAAGAGGCAAAGACCCCCAGGGGCUGUGUAUUUUAAUGGUGGAUCAGAAAAUGAGCGAUGAAGUUGCAAAAAAGAUUGUGAAAGGACAGACGGAUCCUCUGAAUUCCCAAUUCAGACUGACUUAUAAUAUGGUUCUGAACUUGAUCCGGGUCCCAGAUGUGAAUCCGGAAUACAUGAUGGAAAGAAGUUUCAGGUACUUCCAGAACAAGGCCAUGUUGGUCCCACUUUAUGAGAGUAAGUGGUGUUUUGUUGGUGGUUUAGGGGGUUUAAUGAGUUUUUUUGGGGCUUUUGGAGGGUUCAGUUGAAUUUUGGGGGCUUCUAAUUGUAAGGUAUUUUACCGGAGUUGAACGAUUGGGGAAAAGUAGGAUUGGGGAAACCGAAAAGUUUUUUUUUCUUUGAUGCAAGUGUCGAAAUCAGGAUAAUCGAGGGUGCUGAAACUGAAUAAAACAUGAGAAAUUCAAAAAAAAUCCAAAAAAGCCGAAAAAUUGAAAAAUCCUCCUCAAAUUAACUAAAACAAGGUCAUAAAUGCCUCUCAAGGUCGGAUAAAAUACGGAUUUGGGACGAUUGGGGAAAAAGACGAAUGGGGAAACUGAAAAGUUUUGUUUUUCUUCGAUGCAAAUGUCGAAAGUAGGGUAAUCGAGGAUGCUGAUUUCGAAAAUGACAUUCAUUUUGUUGAUAUUUACUUUUUUCCUUUGGUAGUACUGUAAAGUAGUUAUUUUUUGAAUUCUUUUAACAAUAAUUGAUUUAGAGGUUUUCAAUAGUGCUGAUACCGAAAAUCUUAUUAAUUUUUCGGAUUUGAAAGCAGCACCAUCGAAAACUCCCAAAUCGUGUAUUUAUGAAAAAAUUAAAAGAAUUACUGCUUUACAGUACUACUUAAGGAAAAAAGUAAAGUUCAAAAAAAUUAAUGUCAUUUCUCAAAUCAGCGCCCUCGAUUAUCCUAAUUUCGACACUUGCAUCGAAGAAAAGUAAUACUUUUCGGUUUCCCAAUCGUAUUUUUCUCCAAUCGUCCCAAAUCCGUAUUUUACCGGGCCUCGAGAGACAUUUAUGACCUUGUUUUGGCUAAUUUGAGGAUGAUUUUCAAUUUCUUUUGGAUUUUUUUUUUUGAAUUUUUGGUGGUUUAUUCACUUUGAAAUUUGAUUUUUAGAGUACAAGGCCCGUCGAGAACAACUGGAUCGCUUCGAAAUUCCCUUCGGAGAUCAACUCACCGCCUAUAAUCAACUCAUCGCCCUGGCCGAAGACAUGAAAAAGAAGAUUCAAGCAGUGGUGAUAAGACCCAAGUACAUCACUCCCUACUUCCAAACCGGCCGUCUCUUCCGAGUUCGCACCAAAACUCGCGACCUCGGAUGGGGAGCUCUUCUGAAUCACAAAAAGACGAUUAAUAAGAUGGGAGAUACCAUUUAUAUCCUCGAACUUGCUCUCAGACUCUCCUGGGAGUGUGUGAAGAAUAUCGAGAAUGUGGAGGAACUGGAGCCACCUCCGGCCAAUGAAUCAGCAGCUUUGGAAUACGUCCCAGUCGAGUUGAGCUCAAUCUCGGCGAUUUCGACCAUGAGAAUCAAACUUCCCGAGAGUCCGGAAGCUCCAAAAGCAAAAGAAGCCAUCAAAUUAUCUUUAGAGGUAUGUGGGAAUAGCGGGUUUUUGGAGGAAAUUUUGUUUUGAGAGGUUUUUGAUAUUAAUUUACCUUGUUUUAGAGGAGCAUGAAGAAAUUCGCCGGAAAGGUCCCCGAAUUCGACCCAAUUCAGAUGGGCGUCAAGGAUCAGAACGUGCUGAAGGACAUUGAAAAGCUGAAGGAUAUGGAAGCGAGAAUUGCAGACCAUCCACUCAGGAAACGAGAAGAUUUUGCGGAAAUCCAGGCAGCUUAUAACAGAAAAGUGGAACUCACAGAACAGCUCAGAAUUGCCCGAGAAGAGAUCAAAAAAGUACGCGGAGGCCAGUUCACGGACGAAUUAAGGGCCCGAGAACGAGUCCUGAGAAGGUUGCAGUACGUGGAUUCCUACGGGCAGAUCACGGCCAAAGGAAGAAUCGCCUGCGAAAUCAGUGCCGCCGAUGAAAUUUUGCUAACGGAAAUGAUUUUGAGCGGAGUGUUUAAAGAAAUGCAACCUCCAGACGCCGCUGCACUCUUGUCCUGCUUUGUUUUUGAAGAGAAAACGGACAAAACUCCACCAUUGGAUGAUCAACUUCAGGGUGCCUUCAAAACUUUGAUUGUGAGUUCGUUUUUGAAAUUUUUUGUUUUGGUUUUUAGGUAAAACAAGGAAUUUCAUAAUGGAUGAAAGGGAUAAAAGAGUGGUGGAACUUUGGAGAGACAAAGAAUUGCCGGGUUUGCACUAAAAAUCGCAUUUUUCAGACCCACGCCAAGAAGGUCGCCAAAAUCAGCAAUGAAUGCAAGUUCGACCUGGAUGAGUCGUUGUACGUCGACAAACUGAAGAAUGGAAUGAUGUGGGUGGUGAAACAAUGGUGCUCAGGCGCCUCGUUCCAAGAAAUUAGCGAAAAUUCCGGGAUUUUUGAAGGCUCGAUCAUCAGAUGUAUGAGACGGCUUGAAGAACUGAUUAGACAAAUGAUUUGCGCUUCCCAAGCCAUGGGCGACGAGAAAAUGGCCGCCACCUUCGAGGAGGCCUCCAAGAAACUCAAGCGGGACAUUGUUUUUGCCGCAUCUCUCUAUCUCUGA